GGCUUGCGAAUGCCCCGCAGCCAUCAUUUAACUGCACCCGCAGAGCAGUUACGGUUUGUCACCCGACCCUCCCGGAUCGCCUCAUUUGUCCCUAGUGAGAUCCCGAGGCUCUGCCCGCGCCGGGCUUCUCAGUAGCUGGAUGUAUGACGUGCUCCGGGCAGCGCGGGCGCAGGGCACGCGUUCGCGCACACCCGAGCACACACGAAAAGGCGCAAGACUAAUUUUCUGGAGUUUCUGCCCCUGCUCUGCGUCAGCCCUCACGUCACUUCACCAGCAGUAGCAGAGGCGGCGGCGGCGGCGGCGGCGGCGGCGGUUCCCGGAAUUGGGUUGGAGCAGGAGCCUCGCUCGCUCCUUCGCUCGCGCUCUCCGAGCUCCGUGCCCAGCGGCAGGAGGAGCCUGGACCCAGGCGCCGCCGGCGGGCGCCCCGAGGUGCGUCCCGGAUCUCAGCGCGAGUCUAGCCAGGAGCCUGCGCCCCAGAGCGUCCCGGGAGCGCCGCGGGCCGGUGCUCGGCUCGCUGGGCCAUGCAGCGGCGGCCGCGGCGGAGCCCCGAGCGGCGUUAGCGCCCCCUGUGAGGAGGCCCGGGAUGCCCCUGCCACUGUGAACGGUGCCGUCCGCCAGGACACGCUCAGCCCCGGACACGCUCGGCUCUGCACCCCUGAGACGAGCACCAAGAGGAGACAGCGGCGAGCGGGGCAAAGGCCACCCAGCACCGGCAGGGGAGACCGACCAGUGCCGCGCAGGGACACGUACUCAGUCUGACUCGGGCUGGCACUGGUGGCUAGGAAUGUCGUCCUGGACGAGGUGGCAUGGGCCCGCCAUGGCGCAGCUCUGGGGCUUCUGCUGGCUGAUCGUGGGCUUCUGGAGGGCCGCUCUUGCCUGUCCCACAUCCUGCAAAUGCAGCACCUCUCGGAUCUGGUGCAGCGACCCUUUUCCUGGCAUCGUGGCAUUUCCGAGGCUGGAGUCUACCAGUGCAGACCCCGAGAACAUCACCGAAAUUUACAUUGCAAAUCAGAAAAGAUUAGAAAUCAUCAACGAAAAUGAUAUUGAAGCUUAUGUGGGACUGAAAAACCUGACCAUUGUGGAUUCCGGAUUGAAAUUUGUAGCUCAUAAAGCAUUUCUGAAAAACAGCAACUUACAGCACAUCAAUUUUACCAGAAAUAAACUGACGGUAUUGUCUAGGAAACAUUUUCGUCACCUUGACUUGUCUGAGCUGAUCCUGGUGGGCAACCCAUUUACAUGCUCCUGCGACAUUAUGUGGAUUAAGACUCUUCAGGAGACUAAACCCAGUCCAGAAACUCAGGACUUGUACUGCCUCGAUGAAAACAGCAAGAAUAUUUCCCUGGCAAACCUGCAGAUAUCCCAUUGUGGUUUGCCAUCAGCAAAUUUGGCUGCACCUAACCUCACUGUGGAGGAGGGAAAGUCUAUCACAUUAACUUGUAGUGUUGCAGGCGAUCCAGUUCCGAAUUUGUACUGGGAUGUUGGUAAUCUGGUUUCCAAGCAUAUGAAUGAAACAAGCCACACACAGGGCUCCUUAAGGAUAACUAACAUUUCAUCUGAUGACAGUGGAAAGCAAAUCUCUUGUGUGGCAGAAAAUCUUGUAGGAGAAGAUCAAGAUUCUGUCAACCUCACUGUACAUUUUGCUCCAACUAUCACAUUUCUCGAAUCUCCAACCUCAGACCACCACUGGUGCAUUCCAUUCACUGUGAAAGGCAACCCCAAACCAGCGCUUCAGUGGUUCUAUAAUGGGGCAAUUUUGAAUGAAUCCAAAUACAUCUGUACUAAAAUCCAUGUUACCAAUCACACGGAGUACCACGGCUGCCUCCAGCUGGAUAAUCCCACUCACAUGAAUAAUGGGGACUACAAGUUAGUAGCCAAGAAUGAGUAUGGGAAGGAUGAGAAACAGAUUUCUGCUCACUUCAUGGGCUGGCCUGGAAUCGAUGAUGGUGCAAACCCAAAUUAUCCUGAUGUAAUUUAUGAAGAUUAUGGGACUGCGGCAAAUGACAUUGGGGACACCACGAACAGAAGUAAUGAAAUCCCUUCCACAGAUGUUGCUGACAAAACCGGUCGGGAACAUCUCUCGGUCUAUGCUGUGGUGGUAAUUGCAUCUGUAGUAGGAUUUUGUCUGCUGGUAAUGCUGUUUCUGCUGAAGUUGGCAAGACACUCCAAGUUUGGCAUGAAAGGCCCAGCCUCAGUUAUCAGCAAUGAUGAUGACUCUGCCAGCCCACUCCAUCACAUCUCCAAUGGGAGUAACACUCCGUCGUCUUCAGAGGGUGGCCCUGAUGCUGUCAUUAUUGGAAUGACCAAGAUUCCUGUCAUUGAAAAUCCCCAGUACUUUGGCAUCACCAAUAGUCAGCUCAAGCCAGACACAUGGCCCAGAGGUUCCCCCAAGACCGCCUGAUAAUAAUUUGGUAUUUGGAGGCUCCUGUGUCACUGCAGGAACUAAAGGAGGCUAAAUCCAUGCCUGAUGGAGGAGAAGAGUUCUAUGGUUAUCUGCAAAUUCUGGCCAGAGAACAACUUGACGUCACUCCUUAGCUUCCAAAACCUAGCCAAGCAAGAAGUUGCCUUCCCAAGAGAAAGCAGUGUGCUCUAAUGACUAAACCCUCAAAGUGCUAUGCCACUCUAACUAUAGACCCAUCUCCUCGAUCAAUCAGGAUGGCGAGAUGGAGCUGAGGAGCUCAGCAACAUCAAGGCUGGAGUUGGUCUUUAAUUCAACUAGUCUGUGUAGACGUGUCUGAAAACCACAUCAUCUGUCCGCACGGGGUGUUUUCCCAGUAGGACUGACCAACCCGGCUCAAGGGCAGCUGUGCUGCUAUCCUCUCCUUGACUGCUAAGAACAUUUUUGACAGGGUACAAUGGAAACACACCUUCUGAGCUGGAAAAAAAAGAAAGAAAGAAAGAAAGAAAAAGAAAGAAAGAAAAAGAAAGAAAGAAAGAAAGAGAAAAAAAACCACUCUAACCAGCAAAACCCCCGAAUCAUCAAUCUUGGGUUCUCUUGAAGGGUGGGAACGCGUUAUAGCUUCCCCUGCAGGAAAAGCAAAUGCCAUAGACUCAUUGUCAUCCCUAGAAUUGUGUCUUUCCUAGAGCAGCCUUGUAAAUUAGCUAGGGUCCUAGGCGGAGGGCCUAAAUUAAAUGAGAAUUGUCCUGAAAUACAUACUGUAUGUGUUUGUUCUUACAGCGCAUGCCCUCUGUGUAUAUCUAGGGCUAGUAACUCUGUGGCAGAUGCAGAUAAGGAAUUCUGACUUUUUUCCACUUUAAUUCCAUUUCCAAUGAAAUGGAUGUUUAUUGACUUCCUGCAGCGUGUGCCAUACUUCAAGUAUUAUCGUUCACGUGUGUGUAUAUGUUCGUGUGUGUGUUUUCCCAUUGGUUACAUGCUUAUUAGGCAACUAUGUAGAUAAGCACAGAUUCAUAGACCAGCUAAGACUAAGGAGAUUAAAUAUAAUAAAGGGAGGGAGUGUUUUAACAGUAGUUGAAAAGAUCACACAGGACACCCCUCUUGCGCCCCUUAACUGCCAUACCCACCCUGUCAUUGUGUUACCAACCAGGGGAGGGAAUGGAAGUGGUAUUUUUCACAGAACUGCAGAGGUUUUGAAAAUAUUUGUGACAUUACUUUGGGUACACAUGAGCAAAAAUUCUGAAUCAUAUCCAAGACCUCAGGAGCUCGUUAUAUCAAGGGAUGAGAGUUAUCAGAGGUUAUCUUUGAACUUCAGUGCAAUCUGUGCCCACGGUCCAUUUUGAUGGUCCAUUUGAUGGAAGUAAAAACAGGCAGAAACAAUUGCUAUAGCACUUUCCUAGGUCCUUUGCCUACUAAUUUUGUCUUUCAAAAGUAUGUUUUCUUCUAAGUAUUUAAUUGGCCAAACAAUAACUGCUUUGGGAACUGUUUAUAUCCCUUUGAAGGCCAUGGCCUGCACUUUAAAAAUAACCUAAGUCUGUUUUGCCCAGCAUGAGUGUUAGGGGCGAGAGAAUGCGGUUAUUUUAGGAUCCUUAGAAAUUGCUUCAUUUAUGGCACGGUGGGCUGACGACUCGUUUCAUGGGGGUCUUCAUGGCACGUUGCUCAGCCUCUGUAGGUCCCAGUCCAAUUCUGUCUCUUGAUGCCAUAGUCCCCCAUUGCCAGCUAUAACAGCUUGAUACUAUAUUCUCCUUUCAACUCCAGAGGAUGUGGUAAGAAGCUAUCAAAUAAUGCUGAAAAAAAAGCAACUUGAGUUCCCUCGAAGAAAGGAAACGAAUACAUGCUGCACAAUUACACGUAAAACGUAAGCCAUGUUACAAACUCUAUUGAGAAGGAGAUUUGUUAGGAAACCAGUUUCAAGCACAUUUACAACUAAGUAAAAUAAGAGACAUCAUUCUAUUAGCAUUUGACCGCUGGGUGACAUUAUUUGUUAUCAAAAAAGAAAUACCACCCAGUUACAGGGUACCUAGACCUCUUAGAGAAAACAGUCCACCUUACAUUUAAUGACUAAAAGGGAAAAACAAUUAUAGAUUUAGAUCAGGGAGACACUCACAAUGGUAUUCUGAUUUUACUUCCACAUUAUCGGCCAACCAAGAGGGAAUUAUGCACCCCUCACACAUCAGACAGUUCAGUCCACUUUCACCAAAUCAUCAGUGAUGUGCUGGAAGCAUGCAGGCAGAUGCAGGAUGCUACUGCAUUUCUUCUGGGUAUUUCCCAACGCCCAGCCCAACUGGAGAGCGGAUACCAGCAUGAUGAAUCUAUCAAAUGCACCCCCAUUUUGGUAUCUGGUUGGUCACUCUUGCACGUGCCAGCAGAUUGGGGACCAGGACCAGCUCAGCAAACACAUAUGCAGAGGAACCUCUUAUGUUGCUAAGCAGCUCCUGCUACCCAGAUGCUUUGAACACUGAAUGCUCCCUGUCGUUAAGGAGACAUGAAAGAACGGGAGUUUUUCUUGGAUGCGAUGCUCGCUCACAGUUCAAUUCUUCAUGGCAGCUAAUGUAACAGAGUGCAGGUUUUCUCCUUGUGAAGUUUUCUCUGCCUUUGCUAAUUCUGCCAGCCAGAGAGGGUAAGCCACCAUGGUUGGGAUCUUCUCAGAUUAGUCAUUAUGCCAGCUCUCCUUAUGAAGUGCAGCCAUGCUGCCUUUCAUUCACGAUGUUGUACUUGUUUAUUUGUUUGCUGUUUUUCUUGGUAGUUGUUACUUCUCUUGAAAGGCAUGUAAGAUGAAUUUGCUCCACACCACGGACAGGAAAGAAUUGGAGAGAGAUCUGCUUAGUUCAACCUGAUAACCAAGCACAAAGGCAGUCUCACUCCUUGAGCUCAGCCUCUAGGAGGAAAGCUGCUUCCUGAGAUGGAGACAGCAGCCCAAAGGGUUCCUGAGUCCACGCUGCCCUCUGUCUGAGCCGGCUCCCUUUGGCUGAGAAGAUGCUGUGUGUUUCUGAAUGCUUGGGCUCCCUCAGGGAGGGAAAAAUUAGAAGGCGGCAUUUGUGGCUCAAAGGAGAAGGACAUGUCAGUAUCACAGUGACCUCCCCUCCACCCGCAGGGCUGAGGAGGUUCUUAGGCUGCAAAACUUUCAGUUUUAAAACUGGGACAGUCCUGGGCAAAUGAUAAUGGAUUGGUCACCCUAGUUGGUAUAGCUCUGAUGAUUUCUGCUACUAAGACAGAAUUAAGUCCUCCUUACCCAAAAUGCCUGCAGAUACCCUAAAAUGUGAUUCUUUAAAAUAAAUAAUAUAGGUUGUAGUUGGAAAUUUGGAAAACGUAAGAAACAAAGAUGAAAUAAAAACUCAUCUAUAAUUCCAACAGAGAUAAUUGUUGAUAAUAUCCUUUGGAUAUCCAACUUCCUCAUCUUAUGAGUGUCCUUUUAACCUCCUGUGAUAUAAAGUCUAACCACUUGUACCCUGGCCUUUAUUUGUACUGGGCUUUGUUCAUAUUUCUAUAGUAAAGGCUUGUCUUGGGUGAAUUGUGUUGGAAGGUCCAUAGGAGGCUCGCUGGGUAUAUUAUUGUCAGUGUCAGAUUUUCUAUUUGCUUGGUGAUGCAUGGGGAUUAAGACAGAGCUGGGCUGGACUGGCCAUGGCAGGUCGGGUUUCGAGGGACCGUGAAUCCAGAGGAGCUUAGCUUUUCCAGGGUGAGUGUCACAGAGGAGACGAGCCUUGUGUUAUGGGCCUGGAGGACUCAGGGAGCAAAAGGGUCCCGGAUCUGCCAAGGCAGGCUGAGCACUCCAGUUUAGGGUCAGCUCUCUGGAUGACUCCAAAUGUAGUCGUCUGCUCCGCUGGAGCAGAUGAUCAGUUUUUGCCCCCAGUUCUUCACCCCAGCUGGGUAGCCCCUUUCAGAGAGCCAAGCGUGCUGGAUCUGAAAGGGCCAGUCUGGUUACAUCUGAUAUGAUUCUCACUAUUUAGAGAUGCCUUUUCUUCCACCCAGGAUUCCUCGGCUGUGCAAGGACCUCUGAUGAAUUGGAAUCUCCCCUUAAUCAUUCAGCCUCACCUAAACUUGAUGGAGUCAGUAGCCUAAUAUUCUCCAGUCCUCCCCUCAUGAAAUGCUUCCUCUUCUCAUGUCUCAGGCAUCAAGGCCCAAGCUGGGGUUCUGGCCAGGGGACUUCUAUCAAUAGUAUGACAUACAGGAGUAUUUCAGAGUUGGCAUUUUGCACAGUAAUAUUAAAGUUGAUAGGUUCUAAAAAUGAGUUCAGAACACAUAUUUUCCUAUGAUUUGUAAGAGAUUAGAUUUGUGCGACUUUGAACCAAAGGGGUUGGGAAGAAUUCUAGAAAGGAAACAAUAAUCUAAUGCCUAGUUUCUCUAUUAUGCUUAUCAGUUACUAUAUACGUUAUAAGUAUGGGUAGACAUCAACAUGCUUUUUACCCUGUUGCUAUUAUUUAGCACAUUUAUUUAACCAUGCCAUUGACCUUCUGGGUGCAUUAAAGUAGAACCCAGGUCAUUAUGAGAUAAUGAUGGCAUUUAGACUAAGUGCAAUAUUCCUAAUGUUCCAAUAAGUGGUUGAUAUAGAGGGGACAGGAUACCAUCCCACACUAUCUAAUUAUAUCAAAAGAGCUAGUCUCCAUAUUAUGGAAUGCUUUCCUUAGAGGAGAUUACAUGAUAUAUCUGCUUAUAAAAUAAGCAGAGGUGACACCACUGAGUAGCCAUCUCACAUGUUUUCCUGAAAGAAUGAUGGAUUUUCAGAUGUUUAUACUCUCAUACCCACUACCGAUCCCCACCCUUGCUCCUGAAAGGAGUUUGCUUUUUACGAGUGAGUUGCUAAUGAACAGAGAGAAGCUAACUGGUUACCCAGGGACCUAGUCUUACUUUCUAUUAAUAGAGUACUCCGGCUAGCUGGACUAAUUGGCCUCACAUUGUCUCUAUCCUGGCUUUACUUCCUCUGACCCAUAAACAUCAAGUCCUUUUUUGCCCGUCUCAUUCUGUCAUCUUCCCUCCUUUUCUCUAUAUAUUAGGGUUCAGGAACCAUGAUGCUAAUGAUGACAUUUCAUCCAAGUUCCUAGUUCCAUUAAUGCCAUUUCCUGAUAUCCAGAGAAGCAGUUACGAUUCUGUCUCACUGCUUAAGCCUUAUUUUGAGAGGACCAUUUUCUUCUUUUCCAAGUGCUGUUCACUUUUAGGAUAUUUCUCUCCCUCUUCAGAGCCUUAGUUUUGACUAACAUACCUUUGUGUACAUAUAAGGUUUUAGUUUUCCUUGAGCCCUACCUAGACCUUUAUCAACAUUGGUUUUGGAAGAGGAAAACUCUCAUUUUCUUAGUAACAUUUUGAUGAUGGGGAGCUCUGCUUUAGAUUCCUGAACUCCUGAGCUUUGAGGAAGAAGACAACGGCCAAGUAGCAAAGGGAGUGACCUUAUCACUCACUUCCUGAGUCAUGCGUCUCCUCUGGGCUUGUGUAUACUCUCUGCUGUUUCCUGCACAUUGCAUCCCAAGUUUUAAAUUAAAGUGGAUCUUAGCCCGAAUGGGGUCUAAUGACUGAUGCAUGGGUACAGUCCUUGGCGUUAACAACCCAGGGCCUUCUUUUGUUCUUGUAGAAGAGAUCUGUGUUUUCGAGGGCCAAGCUUCUGCAUGGGGGCCAAGCUAUGGGAGGGGGUUGUGAGGUUGGGGGUGAAUCCAUAUGGUCUUCACACCUUCUGCCCACUUUUGGAAAGAGGGGGCUUGUGUGGAUUGGUAUGGAUGACAUUCCCCAAGCAGAUCCUUCUGCUAACGGGCACCCAGCGUGGUCCUCUCUCGGAGGUCUCCCUGCUUCCCCAUGACAAGCAAUGAACCCCUUACCGCUUGCUGGGCACCUGCCUGCUGCUUUGCCGUGCUGGUCUCAGCACGGCAUCUCCCUCUGAUGCUGCACCACGAUCUGCAGAGGUGGGAGACGGAGGGGUCUCUGUUGACUGCUACGUGUUGCUUAACUUUAUUUCCCUCUCUUAUGUUUGAAGAGAGUGGACCUGAAACAUGACCUGCAUUCUUUUACUAUGUUCAGAACCUCCAGGGCUUGUCCACACAUAUGUAUAAAUGAUAAUAGAGCUUGGAAAUCUUUAUUAUACAGACACGCUGAUGGAAAUGAGAUCUGUUGUAUUGGAAUUUGUGAUGUAGUUGAUCAGUCAGAACCAAACUCAUACACCAAUAAAGACAAGAGUGUCAGAUUAAUGGUCUCCAUUGCCUACUUUUUAUCACCUACUAAUAAUUAUUUUUACAUAAACUUGAGAAUAUAAUUCAGUGUUGGGAUUCCUAAAGGCACUACAGACAGCCUCCUAGAAGUUGUCCCGCUGAUUCCCAUUUAGCUCCCAAGCAGCCCCCUCUGCACCCAGCAGGGCCAGGAUUAGGGUAAUGUGGGGAGGCCCUCAGUUAAAGUGCAGAAUUUAAAGGGGCACCAACAAACUCAGCCAUCAAGGUAAAUCAUAUUUCAAUGCAAUAUUUUAAAAGCCAAAAAUUAAUGAAAGAAAUCUAUGAAGAAAAUUUAAAAAUUUUUAAUUAA